AUGCAUUCAUAUUUGAUUGAUGGGUUAACUGUUCUAUUUCCUUUCGAAGCAUAUCAAUGUCAACUUGAUUAUAUGAAAGCCGUUGUUGAAUGUUUAAUUAAAGGUCAAAAUGGCAUACUCGAGAGUCCAACAGGUACUGGCAAAACUCUUUCUCUGUUGUGUGCUACUCUUGCUUGGCUUGAACAAUAUAAAAUACAUAAUUCAGAUUCAAAUGAAGCACCAGUUCAAAUUAUAUAUGCUUCACGUACUCAUUCUCAAUUAGCACAAGUUGUUAAAGAAUUUAAAUCGACUGAUUAUAAUCGUAUGAAAAUAACCGUUUUGGGUUCGCGUGAUCAAUUAUGUAUUCAUCCAGAAGUAAAAUCUCUCGAAAAUAGUGCCGAUAAAAUAUCAGUUUGCCGAGAAAAAGUUCGUCAUAAGACAUGCUUAUUUCAUAGAAAUUUUGAAAUGUCCAAACCUGAUAUUACCAAAUUACCACCCAUGGAUAUUGAAGACUUGGUCAAAGUAGGAACACAAAAAAAAUUUUGUCCUUAUUUUGCAGCAAGAGAACUAAAAGAAAAGGCUGAUAUUAUAUUUAUGCCUUAUAAUUAUUUACUUGAUUCUAAAGCUCGUCGAAUUCAUAAGAUUAAUGUACGUAAAUGUGUGGUUAUUUUUGAUGAAGCACAUAAUAUUGAACAACAAUGUGAAGAUGCAGCUUCAGUGACGAUUAGUUCAUUGGAUAUCGCUGCUUGUCUUGAUGAUAUUACAAAAGUUAUGAAAUGGAUGAUUGAAUCACAAUCAUUAACACCGUCUUCGAUAAUAUCAACGGAUGACAACGAAGAAAAUAAUAUCGAUACAAAUGCUUUAACUAUUACACAAGAUCAAAUCUGUAGUUUGAAAUUGAAAAUCAUGAAACUAGAAGAAUUAUUAGAUAAUAUGAAGAUUACCAAAGGGAAUAUUCCAUCACCUGGCGAUGUUGCAUUUAAAUGGCUUCAAAGUGCUGAAAUAGAUUUUAAUCCACAAGGAGAUUUACAACAACUUCAAGAGAUUAAUCAAUUUAUGACUGCUAGAUCGGGUUCACUGUUUCGUUCUAAGGGUCAUGCACUUUUAAAAGUAGCUGAAUUUAUUGAAACUGUAAAUCCAUUAGAUGAAAAUGGUCAACCAUGUUUUACAUUUGAUAUGGAUGCUCAAAGAAAAUCUGUUUUCAAAGUAUAUAUUGAAGAAGAGAGCAAUAAUAGUGAACAAAGACCGUCGAUUGCUACUUCAAAACGACCUAAAAAACUUCAUUAUUGGUGUUUAUCACCAGGCUUUGCCAUGCGACAAUUAUGUAUGCAAAAUACUCGAUCUAUUCUUUUAACUAGUGGUACACUUUCACCAAUAGAUUCAUUUCAAACACAAUUAGCAAUACCAUUCGAUAUUGUCAUUCAAAAUGAUCAUAUUAUAGAACAGAAUCAAUUGUUUGCCGCUAUUCUACCUCGAGCAGCUGGUAAUAAACAUACUCUUACGUCUGUCUAUAGAACAAGACAAAAUCCAGAGUAUCAAGAAGCAUUGGGUCAAACACUACAUAAUGUAAUUAAAAAUAUUCCAGGUGGUGUUCUUGUCUUUUUUCCUUGUUAUAAAAUGAUUGAAGAAGUCGUUCAAACAUGGAAGAAUAAUGCUACAUUUGAAACAAUGAAUCAACGUAAAAGAGUAAUUAUUGAACAACGAAAUAAGAUUAAAUUUGAAAGUCAAAUGAAAGAAUAUAAUACAAUCAUUGAAAAUGAUCCACGUGGUGCCAUGUUAUUUGCUGUUGCUCGUGGAAAAUUAAGUGAAGGCAUUGAUUUCAGUGAUAAAUCUUGCCGAGCUGUAAUUCUUAUUGGUAUACCAUUUGCACCUCAUCAAGAUAGACGAGUUAUUGCUAAACGACAUUAUCUAGAUGAAAUAAAUCGUAAUAAUAAAGAUUUAAAAGCAGGUGAUGUCUGGUAUAAUCAACAAGCUUUUCGAGCUAUCAAUCAAUGUGUAGGUCGUGUGAUUAGACAUCGACGUGAUUAUGGUGCUGUGCUUUUUUUUGAUCAACGAUUUGGAGACAAUACAGAUAAAUUAUCAAAAUGGAUUCAUCCAUUUAUACAUAAAGUUGAUUUUACUGGCAUGAUGAAAGGACUCAAAGACUUUUUUGCUCAAUAUUCACCAACUAAUACAAUAGGUCCACAAACAGCUCAUCCUAUUCAACAAGCAUUUUGUCCAUCUGUUACGCAUUCAACGACAAUGAUUACACAUGUUACAUCGAAAUCUAUCAGUCAAACAAUAUCAUCAUCUGAAGAUAUUCUUCAAACAACAUUAAAACAAUCUAAUGGAUAUUCUGUAAAAAUGACGGAACAAAUUUCAUCAAAUAAUCUUCGAAAUGAAACUAAUGUUGUUCAUCAAUCUUUAUUUGAUGCUAUAUCGUCAACACGACAAAAUGGAAUUGCAAUGUCUCUACAGAGUGUAGACAAAGACGAUAAACAACGUGAUUUUGAUGCCAUGCUCGAAUUGAAACGACGUGAAGUUGUACGAACGGAUUCGUUGUCUAAGAGAUUUCUACCAAUGAUGGGAACAUUCGAAGAGACUUCAACACUUCCUACUAACAGUAAUACGAAUAAUCCGACCGUAGCUGUAUCAAACGCAAAAGCUUCUGAAUAUAGAGAACUAUUAUCUCAAUUAAAAGCAGCUAUGCCACAUGGCAACUAUGCACGUUUUACACAUAUGUUACAAGAUCAUAAAAUUCAUAAAACAGAUCGAACAAUAUUUUUGAAAUUACAAACGCUAUUAGUUGAAAAUCUGGCAAAAAAUCAUUAUACACUUUUUAUAGAUAUGGCUCGACAUAUCAGUGCACAAUUUCGUCAAGAAUAUAUUGAAGUUGGCCAAAAAUCUAGUUUCUCGACCUCGACUCUUGAAACACAACAAGACAAUGAAAACAUAAUAAGCAACAAAAGAAAAGAUUUAUCAUCAAGUGAUUUAGAAACAUCUUCACCAAAAAUAGUCAAAACAAAUCAUAGCAAUAAUCCUUUUCGAUGUAAAUAA